GGUCUACCGAAUUGCGGGGCUAACCUCUUCACCGGCAACAAUAACGGCGGCGCGUCCCGACAGCGGAUGCUCGAGCUGUCGCACGGCCUCGGUGCUCUUCGCCACUAUAACGACCUGGCGAAUCACGUUCUAUCGCUGAACCAGCAAGGCGCCGUCGUCACCAAACUAUUGGGUACCCUCCGCCCACCUGGCCUCAUUGGCGGCAGCAAGCCCAAGGUAGCGACGCCCGCCGUCGUCUCCAAGAUCGAGCAGUACAAGAGAGAGAAUCCGACCAUAUUCGCCUGGGAGAUACGGGAACGACUCAUAUCCGAGGGUGUAUGCAGUAACGCGACGGCGCCGUCGGUAAGUAGCAUCAACAGGAUCUUGCGGAACCGGGCGGCGGAACGCGCGGCUGCGGAAUUCGCCAGAGCCGCGGGCUACGGCCUCUACGCCGGGGGCCCUCACCCGUACUUUGGCUCCGGUCAGCAGCAACAGCAACAGCAGCAGCAACAACAACAGCAACAGCAACAGCAACAACAACAGGUUGCCCAGGUUCAGCAACAGGCAGCCCAGCACCAGCAGCAACACGGCCCAGGCGGCUGGCCCGGAGCUCCCGGUCCAGCGCACCCCUGGCUCUUCCCCGGGGCUCUGCCCGCUGGUAUCGCCGGCCCCGCCUCCGCGCUUCUCCUCCAGCCGCCUUUACCCUCGGCGGCGGCCGCGGCGGCUGCUGCUGCGGCGGCGGCAGCGGCGGCGGCAGCGGCUGCAGCCAGCCCCGAGCACGCGCUUCACGCCGUCGACGCCAUCGCACGCGGAUACCUCCACCAGGACGGCGAGGGCGAGGACGGAAGCCUCGACGGCUCGGAGCAGCCCAAGUUCCGGCGCAACCGCACGACCUUCAGCCCGGAGCAGCUGGAGGAGCUCGAGAAGGAGUUUGAGCGCUCGCACUACCCGUGCGUGUCGACGCGCGAGCGCCUUGCCUCCAAGACCUCGCUGUCCGAGGCGAGGGUCCAGACGGGCCAAGUGGCGGCGUCACCAACGCAUGAACCUCCUGAAGCGGUCACCGCCCCCGCACCCGGGGUCCGGUAACCCCGGGGCGAGUGCCGUCGGCCCGUCCGCGCACUCGGGGGCUGCCGGAAGAUUGGCCGGCCUCGGGAGCGGCGAGAAGAGUGCAU